AUGGCGUAUCUCACUCUCGCAGGCGACUCCUGCUUCACGGCCUCCGAGGCCCAGAAGCUCAAGGACCAGAUCAACAAGGUCACGCCCAUCAAGGUUUCCAAUUUGCGAGCAUCUUGGGUCUACUACGCUCAUAUCGACGGCGACGCCGGUGCCGCGCAGCAAAAGCUUGCUCAAUUGCUGCCCCUGCCGGCCGACUUGGAGCUGGCUGCUUCUCAUCUCUCGCACAUUGGCUACAGUCGGAAGUGGUACGUGACGCCGCGGUACAUCUCGCCAUGGAGCUCCAAGGCCACCAGCAUCGCCCACGUCUGCGGCUUCGAGCAGCAGAUUCGCCAGAUCGAACGCGGCCGCGUUGUUGCCGUCGAGUUCGAACAGCCCUACAAUGACAAGAACAUCCCCUUCCGCGACAUCCUCCACGACCGCAUGACCGAGACUCUCUCGACCGAUGCGCCCGACCUCAAUGCCAUGUUUGCCGAAGGGCAGCCCGCUCUACUCGAGGUUGUCGAUAUCUUCGCCAACGGCCAGGACCCGGCGCAGGUCCUCAACGAGUACAACAAGGCGCGAGGUCUGGCUCUGGACCAGUCCGAGGUGGAAUACCUGGUAGAGAAGUUCGCCCAGCUGGGGCGCCCACCACAUGAUAUCGAGCUCUUCAUGUUCGCCCAGGUCAACUCGGAGCACUGCCGCCACAAGCAGUUCAAUGCAAACUGGACCAUCGAUGGCAUGGCCAAGCAGAGGUCGUUGUUCGAGAUGAUCAGGAACACCCACAGGGUGACACCGGAUUUCACCGUGUCUGCUUACAGCGACAACGCGGCAGUCAUGGAGGGUGAGCACGCCCACCUCUGGGCUCCCGAUUAUUCGACCGGCUCUUGGAAGCUGCACAAGGAGCUUAUGCAUGUGCUGGCCAAGGUCGAAACGCACAACCACCCGACCGCCAUCGCCCCUUUCCCAGGAGCUGCCACCGGAUCUGGAGGCGAAAUCCGUGAUGAAGGUGCGGUCGGAAGGGGAUCGAUGCCCAAGGCUGGACUAUGCGGUUUCUGGGUGUCGGAUCUGCUCAUCCCUGACCAUCGGGCUCCCUGGGAAAUUGACGUUGGCCGUCCGGCCCAUUACGCCAGCAGUCUCGACAUCAUGCUCGAGGCCCCCAUCGGGAGCGCCCGGUUCAACAAUGAGUUUGGCCGGCCUUGCCUCGCGGGUGCUUUCCGCACCCUCCUUACGGCCGACGAUACAAAGGUUGAAGGAGAGUUCCGCGGUUAUCACAAGCCCAUCAUGAUUGCCGGCGGUGUCGGCACCGUCAGGGAGAAGCACGCCUUGAAGCGUCCCGAGGACGUCUUGGAGGGCGCGCACGUCAUCGUUCUGGGCGGGCCUGCUAUGCUGAUUGGUCUGGGUGGCGGUGCUGCGUCGAGCAACGCUUCGGGAGAGGGCAAUGCCGACCUGGACUUUGACAGUGUCCAGCGCGGCAACCCGGAGAUGGAGCGCCGCGCACAGAUGGUUAUCAACACCUGCGUGGCCUUGGGUGAUCACAACCCUAUUGCCAUGAUACAUGAUGUGGGCGCCGGCGGUCUUUCGAACGCGCUGCCGGAGCUUGUCAGGGAUGCCGGCUUUGGUGGCAGGUUUGAGCUCCGCCAGGUCGAGAGUGUGGACCGGAGUAUGAGCCCGCUCCAGAUCUGGUGCAAUGAAGCCCAGGAGCGCUAUGUCCUACUGGUGAACAGCGACGGAAUGGAGAGGUUCACCAGCAUUUGCCGUCGUGAGCGCUGUGGAUUCUCAGACGUCGGAACCGUCCUAUCCCGGGAACAAGACGGCGUUUCCAGGUUGAUUCUUAGUGACAGGGAGUCGAACGAAUACCCGCGUCCCAUUGACGUCCCCAUGGAUGUCCUUUUUCCCAAGGGCCGGAAGCUGGAGCGCAUUGUCAAUUCCAAGCAGCCUGCUUGGCCCGUUUUCGACCCCAUUGCCAGCCUGAAGUCUGCUGUUGGCGGGUCUCUGAGCGAUGCAGACCUCUUCCAGCAGGCUGUGCAACGCGUGUUCUGGAUGCCGUCGGUCGGCUCCAAGUCCUUCCUGAUCACCAUUGGCGACCGCACAGUCGGCGGUCUGACCGCCCGGGACCAGAUGGUGGGACCCUGGCAGACACCGGUUGCCGAUGUCGCUGUGACAGCGACAUCGUUCAACCUCAACGGCGCAAGGACAGGCGAGGCAAUGGCUAUGGGUGAAAAGCCCACAAUCGCGCUUAUCUCGCCUGCGGCCUCGGCUCGGAUGGCUGUUGCCGAGUCUCUGCUCAAUUUGGGCGCAGCAGAUAUAAAGGGCGGCAAUCACCGCGGGGACUUGCGGCGUGUCAAGCUUUCGGCCAACUGGAUGGCGGCUGUGAACCACGCGGGCGAGGGAGCUGCUCUUUAUGAAGCUGUGGAAGCUAUCGGUAUGGACCUGUGUCCAAAGUUGGGUGUCAGCAUCCCUGUCGGCAAAGACUCAACAUCCAUGAAGUCGUCGUGGAAGGACGGCGAGACCAAGAAGAGCGUGACGGCGCCCGUUUCGGUGGUCAUCUCGGCGUUCACACUGGUUGAGGAUGUUCGCCGCACGUGGACCCCGCAGCUUCGCCGGGUGGAGGAUGUGGGCGAGUCUAUCUUGCUCUAUGUCGAUCUGGCCCAGGGCCGCAAGGCUAUGGGUGGUUCUGCCCUGGCACAGUCCCUCGGUGCCAUCGGCCACGAGGCCCCGGAUGUCCGUGACGUCGACCUUCUGAAGGACUACUUUGAUGCGCUGGCUCAACUUCACGAGAGUGGUGUCGUUCUCGCCUACCACGAUAAGUCGGACGGCGGCCUCCUCACCACUAUCGCCGAGAUGAUGUUCGCCGGCCGCUGCGGUGUCGACCUGAUGAUGGAUGGCAUUGCUGCCUCGGGAAGCCUGGCGGACAUGGUCGAUACCCUCUUCAACGAAGAGUUGGGUGCCGUCUUCCAGGUCCGCGCCUCGGACGAGACCAAUUUCAAGAGGUGCUUCGCCACUUGUGGGCCUCCUGCUGGCCUGAUCCGGAAGUUUGGCGUUGUCCAACCGACAUUCAAGCAAACACUCACCAUCCGGUAUGGUGACGGCGCACCGUUCGUUACCCUUGACAGGGCCGAGAUGCAGCAGUGGUGGAGCAAGACGUCGUACGAGAUGCAGAAGCUCAGAGAUACUCCUGUUUGUGCCGAGUCCGAGUACGCAGCCAUUCUGGACUCAGGAGACCCUGGCCUCUCGUUCAAUCUCACCUUCUCGCCCUCGGAGAACAUCGCUCCGCUGACGGCGUCCAUCACGGGCUUCUUCGGCAAGAUGCCCCGCGUGGCCAUCCUCCGCGAGCAGGGCGUCAACGGCUACGCCGAGAUGGCGUUCGCAUUUCGCGCGGCGGGCUUCGACGCCGUCGACGUUCACAUGACGGACAUCAUUGCGGGCCGCUCGCUGUCUGACUUUGUCGGACUUGCCGCCUGCGGCGGCUUCUCGUACGGCGACGUGCUCGGCGCGGGCCAGGGCUGGGCCAAGUCGAUCCUGCUGCACGACAAGGCCCGCGCCGAGCUGGCGGCUUUCUUCGCCCGCAAGGACACGUUCGCCCUGGGCGUCUGCAACGGCUGCCAGAUGCUGUCGCGCCUCAAGGAGCUCAUCCCGGGCGCCGAGCAUUUCCCGGCUUUUGUCGAGAAUGCUUCGUCGCAGUUCGAGGCGCGCUUCAGCAUGGUCAGGGUUGAAGAGGAUUCGGCUACUCGGUCGUCGGUUUUCUUCCACGGCAUGGGCGGCUCGAGCUUGCCGAUUGUGGUCUCGCACGGCGAGGGCAAGGCUCAGUUUGCUUCGGAGGAAUCGUUCCGCGCGCUGACGGAAGCGGGCGGCAUCCCACUGCGCUAUGUGGAUAACCGGUUGAAGGUGACCGAGGUGUAUCCGUAUAACCCGAACGGCAGCCCUGCGGGUGUGGCCGGUGUCCAGAGCAGGGAUGGGCGGGUGCUGGCUAUGAUGCCGCAUCCGGAGCGGACCAUCAUGGCGGAUGUGGCGAGCUAUGUGCCGCCUGAGGAGGUUGAGCAGUGGGGUGAGUUUGGGCCGUGGCUGAGGCUGUUCAGAAGUGCGCGGAGAUGGGUGGGCUAAACGUGGGUUGGGGUUGCUUGAGGCGUUGUGAAAACAAAUAACGGGAGUCCCAUGGCAAGGUUGACUUGGGUGACUGUUUGAAUUGUCGCUAUGUAUAUGGGUGAAUUAGACCGCAAAUUCCACAGACGAUGGCUUUUGUCGAGGUGGCAGCCACCCCGUAUUGCAACAAAUGACUGUGAUA